AUGAACUUCAGCGUGUUAUGCAGAGAAAGGGCAUCAGGUGGUCUUCAAGCUCAUCUGAUCACAUUGCUUCGUCUCUAGUAGUCACAUUCAGGACAGCGCUUGUGAUCAAGAAACAGCGAGGAAGAGCACCAUGCUGAGUAAAGAUCUUCCAGAUAUUGAGAGCAUCUUGGCUCUGAAUCCAAGGGUGAAGACUCACACUCAGCUCAUGUCCACAGCAAACAAGAAAAAAGAAAAGAAACACUGGAAGCGAAACCCCGACAGGAGUUGCCAUUCCUGUGUCACGUUGGAAAACAACUUUGAUGAUAUCAAGCACACAACCCUGAGUGAGCGUGGAGCUCUUCGAGAAGCUCUAAGGUGUCUGAAAUGUGCCGAUGCUCCCUGUCAGAAGAGCUGCCCCACCAACUUGGACAUCAAGUCAUUUAUUACAAGCAUCUCCAACAAGAACUACUACGGAGCAGCGCGAGCCAUCCUGUCUGACAACCCCCUGGGUCUGACCUGUGGAAUGGUGUGUCCCACGUCGGAGCUGUGCGUGGGCGGCUGCAACCUGUACGCCUCUGAGGAAGGGCCAAUUAACAUCGGAGGCUUGCAGCAGUUUGCUACUGAGGUGUUUAGUAAGAUGGGCAUCCCUCAGGUCAGGAAUCCUCAGUUACCACCACCCGAUGAGAUGCCAGUGUCUUACCACGCCCCCAUUGCCCUGAUUGGCUGUGGCCCCGCCUCCAUCAGCUGUGCCUCUUUUCUUGGCCGCCUUGGAUACGAUAACAUCACCAUAUUUGAGAAACACAAGUACACGGGUGGACUGAGCACUUCCGAAAUCCCCCAAUUCCGCCUUCCCUAUGAGGCAGUGCAGUUUGAAAUUGACUUGAUGAAGGACCUGGGAGUCAAGGUGGUGUGUGAGAAAGGUCUUGGCAUGAACGGAAUGACUCUGACUUCCCUGAAGGAACAAUUCCAGGCCGUCUUCAUUGGAAUUGGUCUCCCCCAGGCCAACAGAGCAAAGAUCUUUGAAGGUUUAAGCGUGGAUCAAGGCUUCUUCACUUCGAAGGACUUUCUGCCGAUGGUUGCCACAGCAAGCAAACGAGGUCUGUGUCAGUGCCGCUCCGCUCUCCCCGACCUACGAGGAGUGGUGAUCGUCCUGGGAGCCGGCGACACUGCCUUCGAUUGCGCCACCUCAGCCCUCCGCUGCGGUGCCAAGAGAGUGUUUGUCUGCUUCAGGAAGGGAUUCACCAACAUCAGAGCUGUUCCUGAGGAAAUGGAGUUGGCUAAGGAGGAGCAGUGCGAGUUCCUUCCCUUCCUGUCGCCUCAAGAGGUCAUUAUGAAGAACGGGCGGGUCGCCGGCUUACAGUUUUGUCGCACCGAGCAGACCGAAGAAGGCGACUGGUUGGAAGAUAAGGACCAAGUCGUGAGGCUGAAAGCGGAUUACAUCAUCAGUGCUUUCGGUUCCAUGCUCAGCGAGCACACAGUGAUUGAUGCCAUGGCUCCGGUCAAGCUGACCCGUUGGGGUACUCCUGAGGUGAACACAGACACCAUGCAGACCAGUGAGCCCUGGGUGUUUGCAGGGGGGGACAUUGCUGGACUGGCAAACACCACGGUGGAAUCAGUCAAUGAUGGAAAACAGGCCUCGUGGCACAUUCACAGAUACAUUCAGUCCCUGCAUGGCCACACGGUGGAUGCGGUACCAAAGAUGCCGUUGUUCUACAGUGCCAUUGACCAGGUGGACAUCAGCGUGGAGGUCUGUGGAAUAAAGUUUCCCAACCCGUUUGGCCUGGCCUCUGCUCCUCCCACUACCAGCACAGCCAUGAUCCGAAGAGCUUUUGAACAAGGCUGGGGCUUUGCCUUGACCAAGACAUUUGGACUGGAUAAAGACCUGGUGACCAACGUCUCUCCUCGUAUUGUACGCGGUACCACCUCUGGUCAUGUGUACGGACCAGGUCAGGGGUCGUUCCUUAACAUCGAGCUGAUCAGUGAAAAGACAGCAGCCUACUGGUGUCAGUCAGUUACCGAGCUUAAGAAAGACUUUCCCAAAAAUGUUGUCAUCUCCAGCAUCAUGUGUGCUUAUAACAAGGAAGACUGGACAGAGAUCGCCCAGAUGGCUGAGAAAUCAGGAGCUGAUGCCUUGGAGUUGAACCUGUCCUGUCCUCACGGGAUGGGAGAGAGAGGCAUGGGAUUGGCUUGCGGCCAGGACCCGGUGUUGGUGCGUAACAUCUGUCGCUGGGUGCGAGCUGCGACAUCCAUCCCAUUCUUUGCCAAACUCACACCAAACGUCACCAACAUUGUUGACAUCGCCAAGGCUGCCUAUGAAGGUGGAGCAGAUGGAGUUACGGCCACAAACACAGUCUCGGGUAUGAUGGGACUGAAGGCAGAUGGCUCCCCCUGGCCAAGUGUUGGGGCUGGCAAACGCACGACAUAUGGAGGGGUGUCAGGUAAUGCCAUCAGACCCAUUGCUCUUCGAGCUGUCUCAGCCAUUGCAAAAGCGCUUCCGGGGUUCCCGAUUUUGGCCACUGGGGGGAUUGACUCUGCAGAAACCGGUUUACAGUUUCUUCAUGCUGGUGCCUCGGUGUUACAGGUGUGCAGUGCUGUUCAGAACCAGGACUUCACUUUGAUCGAGGACUACUGUGUGGGUUUGAAGACCUUGCUGUACCUGAAGAGCCUUGACCUGAAGGACUGGGACGGUCAGUCUCCUCCAACUGAGAGGCACCAGAAGGGAAAACCCAUUCCAAGACUGGAAGACCUGGUUGGUCAGAGUCUCCCGAGUUUUGGACCGUUUCUUGAGAAGAGGACGGAGGCCAUUGCACAGUACAAGAAACAGCUGAAAGGUGCUGCUGGUGCAAAUGCAGAGGAAGCUAACAUCACCAGAGUUAGCACACCUAAUAAACCAGUUCCAGCUGUCAAGGACGUGAUAGCAAGAGCAUUGCGCCACAUUGGAGCGUACCAAGAACUUAACAAUAUGGAGCAGGUCCAGGCUGUGAUAGAUGAAGAGAUGUGUAUCAACUGUGGGAAAUGCUACAUGACUUGCAACGACUCGGGCUACCAGGCUAUUACCUUCCACCCAGAGACCCAUCUCCCAUCUGUCACCAGCAACUGUACUGGCUGCACGCUGUGCCUGAGUGUCUGUCCAAUCUUAGACUGCAUCAAGAUGGUUACCAGGACAACAGCCUAUCAGCCCAAGAGGGGUGUGCCCAUCAGUCCUGUCUGCUGAAGGAGGAGCCAACUGAAACCAAGUCACCAUUUCACAAUCCAUCAAUUCAUCGGCUGCUAACUUUGCGUGGUGCAUCCAUUCAUAAGUUGCUAAGUGUAUACGAUCCAGCCUUUCAUGAUGGAUGACCAAUGAGGCCUGCAUGAACAGCUUUCAAACUGCUUACAUCUUCUAUGUGCUGAUCUUUGAACAAUUUACUAUUUUUUAACAAUCACCAUCUAUGAAUCAAAGCUUCACAUUGAUUAUUUGAAAGAAAUACUGGCUUUGAAUGGGUUGACUAGCAUAGGAUGCAGAUGGCAGAUGUUCCUUCACAAUGAAUAAAGUAUCUCCCCAACCUAA